AUGGAGCUCUUGGGUGGGAGCUUUAUUCCCCAACGGAGUGAUUUCUCACCUCCCAUUUCGACGAUGCAACAAUCGAAUGUAUCUUCAAUUCAAAGCUUUCCUACUCAAGCCAAUAGCCCUAUUGUACAAAUGGACAAUCCCAACCCUUUUUCAAAUGUUGCGUUGAAACAAGAGGAGCCUUCCCCUCCUUCUCUGAAUGCUCUCUUUACCGGCGAUUUUAAUCAACAACAGCAGCCCAGCUCAUCAUCCUCUACGGGAACGUUGAAUGAUGCUCCAGUACAGAAAGGACAUGCAUGCGAUGUUUGUCACAAGGUUUUCGCAGACCGUUCACUCUUAUCCAAGCACAAAAUUGCUCACGCGGAAGCUAAGCACAUUUGCAAUACCUGUGGCCGUGCCUUCGUUAGGGAAGACAAACUUCGACGUCACUUUCGAUCGGUCCACAGUAACGAGCGACCGUUUAUAUGUGAAGUGUGCACCAAGGCUUUCGCUCGAAAGGACAAGCUUCAGGAGCACGCAAAGCAUCACAACAAGGAUAUUACUUUUCCCUGCACUGUGUGCACCGAAGUCUUUCUUAUGCGAUCCCUUUUAAAUCGCCACCUUCGAACAGAGCAUCAAAUUAAGCAGACUACGGAGUCCUCACGGACUGCUGCGAGAUCCCACGAUGUUUCAAAAAAGAAACGCACUAGAGCUCAACAAGAGGCGGAUUUUACCAAGUUAGCCGUGGAAAAUGCAACGGCAGGAAUAACAGCCGCUGCUGCUGCGUCAGCUGUGGCUCCGAACGCUUCCGGAUUCUACCAACAUCCGAGCUGGAAUGCGGCAAAUCUCCUGCUAUACAACCGUUACCAGCAAAGUCAGCAGCAGACGGCCCAACCAGCGUUUGACUUCUGGGGUGGAAAUAAUGGUUACUUCUACGGGCAGCAGUACACUGCUGCCGGCUAUCAAUUUCCGACCAUACAAUAUGCAGCUGCAAUGCGGCAGCAGCAGCAACAGACAUCGCAGCAGGCCGCGGCGUCGUCAGGCCUGCCCUAUAAUUCGGCUGCUGCUGCAGCACUAACUGCUCGCCUAUUUUCUCCCGGUAACUACUUUUGGCCACAGCCGAGCCAGGGAUUUGUUCUCCCCCAGGCAGGCACAGCUUCGAUGAACCCCACGGGCAGCACGAAUUCCCUCAUUCCCGCUGCCAAUCCGUACUUUCCGACCCCUUUAUCGGCAGCAACAGUAACUACAGCAACACCAGCGGCGGUAACCACGGAUGUUACGGCGGCCACAGCGAAGACGGUGACGACCGAAGCGGCUCCGAAUUCUGUCCAAGCGCAGAUGAUCUUUGACGUGGGAUCCGGUGGGUACUCUGUGCAAUCAACGCCAGCCACCGGGACAUCAUCUUCCUAUCACACAGUGUAUUAUCAAGCAGAAUCGUUGGCGGGCUCUGAGCAGGCUGUCUCUGCAACUGGUGCUCCACCGCGUCAACAACGACAACAAGCAACCGACUCGGGGACUGCCCCCGCUUUCAACUACACUAACUAG